UUUUCACAUUUAUCCUUCCAUUUCAUUCACUGGUUUUUGUACUUCGUGAGUUACUACCUCGAUCAGAAAAUGAGGAAUCUGAUAUUAUUUGGAGCCCUUGUGAGCACUGCAUGCUCAUUCAAGUUUUUGGAAAAUGCACAGACAUACCUAUCAGGAAAUGCAGAUGCUUCAGUUUCGGCUGGAAGUUCUGGAUCCAACUUCCUCUCUGGUCUUCAAAACUCAUCGUUUGGUCAGGCAGUCAUGGGCGGAAUUAAUACAUACAAUCAGGCAAAAAAUUCAAGCGGUGGAAACUGGCAAACAGCUGUUGCCAACUCAUCAGUUGGUAAUUUCUUCCAAAACGGAAUUGAUUUCUUCAAUGGAAUGAAAAAUGGAACUCAAAACUUCCUCGAUACCGAUACCAUUCAAGAAACCAUUGGAAAUUCCUCGUUCGGAGAAGUUGUGCAGACUGGAGUUGAAUUCUUCAACAACAUCAAAAACGGAAACUCGCCAUUCCAAGGAGAUGCUUCUUCCGUCAUGUCGCAGUUUGUUCCAUUCCUCGCCAACGCAUCAGCCGAAGCGAAAGCUGAAUUCUACACAAUUCUACCAAAUUUCGGAAAUAUGACAAUUGCUGAGUUCGAAACAGCCGUCAAUGCAUGGGCUGCAAAGUAUAAUCUGACUGACGAGGUUGAAGCAUUCAAUGAAAGAUCCAAGAAUGCGACUGUUGUGGCUGAAGAACAUGCUAAUGUAGUUGUCAUGAAUCUACCAAAUGUUCUCAACAACUUGAAGGCUAUUUCAAGCGAUAAAAACCAAACUGUCGUUGAGAUGCACACUAGAAUGAUGGCAUAUGUCAACUCGUUGGAUGAUGAUACUAGAGAUAUCGUCUUCAUCUUCUUCAGAAAUCUCCUUCCACCUCAAUUCAAAAAAUCCAAGUGCGUUGAUCAAGGAAACUUUUUGACAAACAUGUACAACAAGGCAUCCGACUUUUUCGCAGGUAGAAAUAACAGAACUGAUGGUGAAGGAAGCUUCUGGAGUGGACAAGGACAAAAUGGAAAUAGCGGAGGAUCUGGUUUCUCCUCAUUUUUCAACAAUUUCAAUGGACAAGGAAAUGGAAAUGGAAACGGAGCACAAAAUCCAAUGAUCGGAAUGUUUAACAAUUUUAUGAAGAAGAACAACAUUACUGCCGAUGAAGCUAAUGCAGCGAUGGCUGAUGGUGGAGCAUCUAUUCAAAUUCUUCCAGCCAUUUCAGCUGGUUGGGGUGAUGUUGCUCAAGUGAAAAUUGGCGGUGAUUUCAAGAUUGCUGUCGAGGAGGAAACGAAAACCACCAAAAAGAAUAAGAAGCAACAACAACAAGCAAACAAAAAUAAGAAUAAGAAUAAGAAAAAGACAACAAUUGCACCAGAAGCUGCUAUCGAUGCCAACAUCGCAGCUGAAGUACAUACCCAAGUUCUUUAGAAACCGUUUUGAAUGAAUAAAUACAUUCGGAAAAGUUAUAUAAAAGAGUUUUCACAU